UUUGCCAGCAACUGCAAUCUACGUCGACUUCGCGUGACUGUGGACUCGCAGGACUGCCGCUGAUUCCUUGUUCUUGUAAUUUUUCGUAUAAUUCCAGCUUCCCGACACCCUUGCGAAACGUCUUUGUUGAGCGGCCUUGCUUGCGACACGCGCAACCACCAAUUCCACCCUACACUCACCCUUUUUUUUCAAUCACACAAUCCAUCAUGUCUCACGAGGAGGACCUCAUCGACUACUCCGACGAGGAGAUCCAGCCCACCGAGGCGCCUGCCAACGGUAGCGCAGCUGCAGCAAAGGGCGGUCUCGCCGCCGGCGACGCUGCUGGCGACAAGAAGGGCAGCUACGUCGGCAUUCACUCUACCGGUUUCCGCGACUUUUUGCUCAAGGACGAGCUUGUGCGAGCGAUUACGGACUGUGGCUUCGAACAUCCUUCCGAGGUCCAGCAAGUUACCAUUCCCCAGGCCAUCCUCGGAAACGACGUCCUCUGUCAGGCCAAGUCUGGUCUCGGAAAAACGGCCGUCUUCGUCCUCGCGACCCUCCAGCAAAUGGACGAGAAGCCUGAGCCCGGUGUUGCGACUAUCCUAGUCAUGUGCCACACUCGUGAGCUGGCCUACCAGAUUCGCAACGAAUACAACCGUUUUGCCAAGUUCCUGCCCGACGUCAAGGUCGGUGUCUUCUACGGAGGAACACCUGUGCAAAAGGACAUUGAGCUUCUCAGCAACAAGGACACACACCCGCACAUCAUUGUCGGAACACCCGGUCGUAUCAAUGCUCUCGUUCGCGACAAGCACCUCCGUCUCGCCAACUUGAAGCACUUUGUCCUCGAUGAGUGCGACAAGAUGCUUGACCAGCCUGACAUGCGCAACGAUGUCCAAUCCAUCUUCCGUGCUACUCCCCAGCACAAGCAGGUGAUGAUGUUUUCGGCCACGUUGAACAAGGACGUGCGCGUUGUUUGCAAAAAGUUUAUGCAGAACCCGCUUGAGAUUUACGUCGACGACGAGAAGAAGCUGACGCUGCACGGUCUUCAGCAAUACUACAUGAAGCUUGACGAGAAGGAGAAGAACCGCAAACUCAACGACCUUCUUGACAGCCUGGAGUUCAACCAGGUCAUUAUCUUUGUCCGUUCAACUCUGCGCUGCUCUGAGCUUGACAAGCUUCUCCGCGAGUGCAAUUUCCCCAGCACUGCAGUCCACUCUGGCAUCAGCCAAGAAGAGCGUAUCAAGCGCUACAAGGAGUUCAAGGAGUUCCAGACGCGUAUUUGCGUGUCGACUGACAUUUUCGGACGUGGUAUUGAUGUGGAGCGUAUCAACGUGGCCAUCAACUACGACAUGCCUGACAAGGCGGACGCGUACCUUCACCGUGUGGGUCGUGCGGGACGUUUUGGAACAAAGGGUCUCAGUAUUUCGUUUGUCAGCAGCCCUGACGACGAGGCUGUGCUCAAGUCGAUUGAAGAGCGAUUCCAAGUCGAACUUCCCGAGUUCCCCGAGGACGGUGUCAACUCGGCCACGUACAUGGACAACUAAGGAAUUGUGAUUUGAUUUUGGCCUGGUAUCCGCGAACGAAGGAAAUGGUUGCGCAAGAACCGGAGGCUAUUUUGUCUGGACAAAAAAAGUUGCCGUACAGGUUGGGAAUGGAGGGGGCGAGAGAGAGUGUGUGUUUCGUUGCAAGCAAGGACCGCGGUUUGCGGGGAAAAUGGCAGAGACAGGGGCGCAGAGGGAGGGGUGAUUUGUCGGGCUAUUCUAUAUUUUUGUGGGGGAUGAAAGAUGUUUGACUAGGUGGUUGAGAGGAAGAAAGAAAUUGAU